AUGUCCCCUGUCACAAAGAUGUCCCCUGUCACAAAGAUGUCCCCUGUCACAAAGAUGUCCCCUGUCACAAAGAUGUCCCCUGUCACGAAGAUGUCCCCUGUCACAGCCCCAGUUUUCCAGGUGACUGAGAUGCUGGUGAACGUGCUGAACAUCUGCUCAGACGACGAAUUGAUGUCUGAGGCGUCUGACGAUGGCCUGGAAGAAGGUGCAGGAAGCCAAGCAAGGAAAGAGGUGAUCCGCAACAAGAUCCGAGCAAUCGGCAAGAUGGCCCGAGUAUUUGCCGUGCUACGAGAGGAGAGCGAAAGCGUGCUGCAGUUGAAAGGUCUGACCCCGACCGGUGCCCUUCCUCUGGGCGCUCUGUCCGGUGGGAAACAGUCGCUACACAGUGCCCUGGCCGGGUUCUCGCCGAAGCAUAAGAUCAACUCCUUCGCGGAGGCCAAGGGACUGGAUGCAGUGAACGAGAGGAUGCCUCCCCGGCGGGACUUUGCAUCCACCCCCGACGGCACCAGUGACGGCAUCAAGAAGGAGAAUGCCCAUCCAAAGACAUGAAUCCCACUUCCGUGCUAUCUAUUCUCUCGUUCCCCCAUCUCAUAAUUCCCUGUCCUAUGCUUGUUCUUGUGCCAUUAGUCUGAAGAUGGGUUAACCGGUUUGCCCCCGAAAGAUGACAACUUUCCAGGGGGAGGAGAAAACACUGCUAUUGCGUGCCCCAAAACAAAACGCUCCCGUGUGCCCUGAUCUCAUUCACGUCCCUCUGCUGUGCGCACCCGUCUUUGAUGAGACAGAAAGAAGUUAUAUAUAUAUAUAUGAACAGACUUAUACCGAUUUACUAGUUACUGGACUGGCUGCAUCAUGAACAAGAAAGUGAAGUAAACGAGGAGGAAGAAAAAAAAAGACAAAGUGCACGCAAUUUCGGUCUAGUCAAAUUUUUUUGCACGAGAUGUAUGAAAGGUGCAGAAAGUGUUUUUUUUCCCAUGCCCUUCCCUUCUCCAUGUGCUGAUAUUUCUGCCUAUAUCAUGAAAGAGAGUAUUCCUCAUAUUCCCCGAUCUUGCCAACGUCUCGUCGGAGCGAGUCCGUCGACGCGGGACGGUCGGUCCGUCGUCCUCGUCGGUUUCCGACCCUUGUUUUCCUCUUUCUGCAUAUCAAAUUUUCCACCCGUGAGAGAGAUAUCCCCCUCUGGGGAUUCGAGACGAGAACAUCCAUGGGGAACGUCUUUCCGUAUGGGGAGUCCCACAUGAGAACAUCAGAAGGGGAACGUCUUUCACGAUCUGCAAGUCGAGGUGCAGCCCACGAUAUCGGUUUCUGCAGUUGUUUCUGCGUGUGUUUGUGCGAAUUGAUUUUUUUCCUCCCACCCUCUGUGUAUAUAGUGCUAACAAAGGAGUUGUCUCUCUCUUUCUCUUUUCCUUUUUUUUGCCAUCACCCCUGUUUGCAUCCCUCCAUGGCAUCAAUCCAUCCAGCUUUGUCACAUUACUCCCUCUUUUUCUUUUGCACAUUUUCUAUGUGCUUUGUAAUUGAAGCUCAUAUUUCCAUCUACAAAGAAAUUGAAGCCCAUUUUCCAAAAGGCACAGGUGUUAAAGCCCAGUUUUCCACUCGGAAAUGAGAGAUCAGAAUUACCUCUGGCUUCACCCCAUCUGUCUGGUUGAGUUUCAUAUUGAAACUGAAGCCCUUUGCUUGCAGUCUUGUUACUCGACCCUUUUGGCGCUUGGUAUUCACUAACCGUGGUGCAAAAUGAAGCUAUUCUAAGAAAGAAGAGUUCCCCCAGCUUUUGCGUUUGCGUGUGCGAGUGUUCACCUUGGGAAGCAAUCCUCAAGAUCAUCCUGUCACAAUAGCAUGCUCUCUCUUUAUCUCUCUCCGAGUUUUUUCCUCGUCCUUCUCUGAGGGACUUUAAGAGAUUCUAUGUUCAUAUAAUUGCAAUUAUUGCUAUUCUUUCCAUUGUUCUCAAGUUUACAAAGAACCUAAUAAAAACAUUUAUUAUGGGUUA